AGUCCCCCAAUCCCAGAGAGAGUAGGAUUAACAGAGGUCCCGCUCCUGUUCUCCCCAGGAGGCAGCCCUUGCCUCUACCCUUCUGAGGCAGGAGAGGGCAUCUCUGCAGGUCUGAAAAGGAAGGGGAGGUAAGGACGAUAUCGUCACACUGGGAGGACCAGUACGGGCAUACCUGUAGCUCCUGGGGUCCCACUGGGUCUGAGGGCGACUUUUCACCUUUUUGGAGGAAAAGAUGUGUUGGAAGACGUUGCUGCUUCUGCUGUUGUAUUAUGAUGCUCAGGCCACUCUGUCGCACAGGUGGAGCAGGGCCGUGCUCUUCCCUGCCGCCCAUCGGCCAAAGAGAUCCUCGUCGGUGCCCUUGAACCCCAUCCUGCAGAGCUCCCUGGAGGAAGUAGAGCUGCUCUAUGAGUUCCUGCUGGCUGAACUUGAGAUCAGCCCUGACCUGAAGAUCUCCAUCAAGGACGAGGAGCUCGCCUCCCUGCGGAAGGCCUCGGACUUCCGCGCCAUCUGCAACGAUGUGAUCCCCAAGAGCAUCCCAGCCAUCCGGCGGCUGAGCGCCAGCCUCUCCAGCCACCCCGGCAUCCUCAAGAAAGAGGACUUCGAAAGGACAGCGCUGACCCUGGCCUACACAGCCUACCGCACAGCCUCGGCCCAAGGGCAUCAGAAGGCUAUCUGGGCCCAGUCCCUCCUUAGCCUCUUCCAUGCCUUGAGGCACGACUUGAUGCGGUCUCCAUGUCCCAGAGCAUCUCCCUGAGAGACCGGCUGGCACCAGGACCACGGAGCAGGGACCAGCACACAGUAAUCCAGAAACUCUUCAUUCUCUACUCCGUUUACAGAGACCAGCCACAAAACACAUACCACCAACUCAGAGCAGCACAGAUAAAAUAAGAAACACCGAUGCCCUUUGCCCCUUGUAACUUCUUGACAAGCAUGAGAUUGUGAUUCGUAUCAUAAUGUGACCUGGGCUGGAAAAAAGGGCUGGAAUGGUAAUUCAAGAUGCCUCCAGAGGCUGAAUGGUUUGCCUGGUGAAUUGCCGGAGUCUAAGAUAUGCUUUAACAUUGAGUGACUGUAACACAAACACCCAAGAGUGAGGACAGAGCCAGGAGAGACAUAACAGAAGUUUGGGCAUGGUGGGAAAGUGGGGGACAGACUUCUUUGGUCCUAAGAGAUCAGGGUGCUGGAUUGAAUGAACAUCUUUCCAAAGUUCUGUCGUAAGAUAUAAAGAAACUAGAGCUAUAGCCAAAUAAAUACAUUGUUAACCAAGGAUAUACUUCUCAACUUUUCCAAAAGUCCCCAAAAAGAAUCAGUCAGAAAAUCAGUUAUGACCUAUAUAUCUAGACUCUUCUUUCCUGAAGGCUGGUCUAAUGUAGAGGAGAAACAUGAAGGGGGCCAACAGAAAUGCUACUGUCACGCCUUGCCUUUUGAACAGAGAAACCAAGCUAAUGCAGAGAGGGUCAUCCUAACGAAAGAGGUGGCACCAGUGCCACGGCCUGCCUAUCCUAAUGCUAAAAUUAUUUAGCAUCAUCAGAGAAUUAAGUGCUCCAAAUAAAAAUGAUUUUCAGAUGACAGAAUUUUACCCUUUCAAAUGCCAAAACUUUCAUUUUAGCAAUAUUGACUGGAUAUAUAUGAAAGCCAGUAAGCUUGAAUUUAGUAUCUUGGAAACAUUCUAAUGAAGGAGUUAGAUGAGAUCAUCUCUAAGAUUCUUCUACUUCUGAAAUUUUCACAAGCAUUUAACUAACUGUGAGAUGUUACAGGGAGGACCCCUGGACCUGAGAUGUCUCUGCUGGACUGUUUGUAUCAACCCUGAAAGGUCCCAGGUUUUCUUAACUCUGAAUCUGGUGUGAGUUUUUCUGUUGCCUUCCUCACUGUCAGGCGAUAAAAGUAGCACUUUUCUUUGCUACCAACAUAACUUGCCCUUUGCAAUUUGUUCUUUCUUACUGGGCAUCGCCUGAAAAAUAAGAUAGCAAGUCUUGUUAUAAUUCCACAUUAAAUGAGAGUUAAUAGAUGAAGGUCCCUGCUAGGAGUAAAGCACCUGGGUCCUAAUAAAGAUUCCUCACCAGCUCAGAGAUCUUUCCAGUUUCUCCGAGGUUUACAGCUGGGUUCUGGAGGCUAAAGCUGCAAGAAGUCUUAUCUUUGAAUAAACAAGGAUUCACUGGGCUAAAUUUUUUAUUCUGAAAUGGGUAUUUAACAAUUGCCACUGAAUGAAGACGAAAGCUGGUCUGGACUUCUUUAGAAUCUUUGAAUAAGUGAGCCUUGCCUACCAGGAUGCAGGAACAAGGUGUUUAUCAUCAGAGAAAAAUCCCACUUCGCAUCCCGAUGUUCUCAGGCUCAGAAGAUUAAUCAGUCUCUCUGGUUCUCAUUCCCUGGUUAUAUUGCUCUUUUACCUCCCUCAAAUACAGACUCUGAUAUAUGCUUUUUUGUUCAAUUUUUCUCUUUCUAAGAUUGCAUGUUCUCUGUGAUGUAGUCACUCCACUUGCCUCUUUCUUUUCAGUGUAGUUGGUGUCUCUGCUGUUCUGUCUUUGGGUCCUGUUCUGAUUAUCUUUAUAUCCAUUCCUCGAGGCAUCUCCCAGUUUCUUCUGCUGCCUCUACUUGCCCGUACUCUGUUGCUCACUGUCUCCUUUGGGGAUCACUGUUUGAUUAAAACAAAGUCAAGACAGAGGUACAGACAAGUUUGGAAUUGCCCAGAAAGCAGAUUAGCCUCACGGCCUACCUUCAGUAUUUGUGCUUUUCCUGGAUGUGGGCUGGAGAGGGGGGUCAGCAGGGCCUCAAUCCCUAGACACUGGGCAAUACUCUAACAGUCAGAGUCUUGCAUCCACCCUGGCACUCCACCCCUAUCAGAAUGGAUCUGAGAGCUUUCUUCUAGUCACCAGGAGGAAAGACCCACCCUUGUCGUCCCUGCCUACCAUGUUAGGAUAUGCAUGGCUGCACCCAGGGGCAGGAGAUCCGUGAAUGGGAGGGUGGUUCCCAGGACCAGUGAUAGCAAUGGCAGUUCAUUCACCCUGCCACAAAAAAUUAAAGGCACUUUUGUACUGAUAAAUUGGGUCCAUACUUAUGUGGCAAGCAACUGAAAAAAAAAAAAAAGAAUUAAGAAGGGCACAACCUUUUUAAAGACAAAUGAAAAUUUCAUUUUUAGUAACUAGAUACUUAAACACUAUUUUAGGCUGAA